GUUUAUGGGCCUUAGAGGAGUGCUCAUGUGCCGAAGGAAGGCAAAGAAAGAACUGCAGAAUUUGUAGAAAGUCACAGUUGCUUCUGAAUAAUUUUUUUUCCCUGGUAACCUAGCAGUCACAGCUCACAUUUUUGGACAAUGAAUCGUUCUUCCCAGGACACCGGCUCUCGCAGCAUUCCCGAGGAUAGAAAGCUUUAUGUUGUGGAUUCCAUAAAUGACUUAAACAGACUAAACCUCUGUCCUGCUGGAUCGCAGCAACUGUUCCCUCUGGAGGAGAAAAUCCCAGACGUUGGCGCUAACUCAGGAAAUGGGAGCCACAGUCUGUUUUUGUUGGGGCUGAUAAUCGUGCUUAUUGUCAGCCUGGCACUGGUUUCCUUCGUGAUAUUUCUAAUCGUUCAAACGGGCAACAAGAUGGAAGAUGUGUCAAGAAGACUAGCAGCUGAGGGAAAGGACAUAGACGAUCUUAAGAAAAUCAACAGCAUAAUUGUAAAGCGACUCAACCAACUGGACUCGGAAGAGAACUAAAGAGGUGAUCGUCCAAGAGCAGCUGCUGACACCUGAGCUUCUCACCGUCCUGGGCGUGUGCAGGGUGAAGAACUGACCGAGGGAAUUUCUGCAGGCAAAAAAGGGCCAACUUUCUGCUAUAGGAAAGGGUGCAACGUCAAGGCAAGGUGGAGGUGGGGUGGGGUGGGCGACGGGGACUCAGCCAGAAAGGAGCUUAUUCUGUGGUAGGGUCCUUCAGCUUUCAUGGGAUGAGGGUGGCUUGGCAUGGAGGAGAACUGACAGUAAGCAAGAAAGGGAAUUCGGCUGUGUAUCCAACUUCUUUUAUGAAAGGAACUUUGUCACCAGAAUAAGUACACUGUGGCCAGUAAGGUUCAUGGCACAUACACCUUUACGAACUCCCUCCUAAGGAAGCCUAAGGGAUAAACUGAAUUGUGUUCAAGGGCACCAGGUGAUAACUCUUCAAUAAAAGAGAUUCUGCU